CGAAUAGACUAUUAUAAUCUUUUGGAAGAGUUUUGUUAUUAUCGUUUUGUGUUCCAUGGAAAUAGAGACACUUGUUGAAUUUGUUGACCGGAAUUUUCUUCUUUUCUUCUUCUUCAAUAUUCUUUGUGUGAAAGUUUCCAUUGUUAUUCUCAAUUACAUUCCUCUGGUGUUUUCUCAUCUCAUUCAUUGAAUUUAUCUAUUUGAAGAGGGAGAGACAGAGAGAUUGGAAGAUUAAAUACCAAAAGUGAUACAAAUUGAUUAGGAAAUUCAAUUAAGAGCUCGUCAAAUCAACCGAUACUUUAUCUCUCUCUCUCUCUCUUUUUCUUUCUUUCUUUCUUUCUCUUUCUCUCUCUCUUUCUCUUACCUUCUAUUCUAGCCUUUCCCUGGUCAAACAACUUCUCUCUCUCUCUCCAGCAAGAAUUGAUCAUUUGAGGCCAUCCUAUCGGUGUGUUAAAAGCUUUUAUCUAUCAUCAUCAUCAAGGAGAAUCAUAUUCUUCAAGAGAUUCUUUCAAAUGUGAGCUUAAAUUCUUGAGCUGAAUUUCUCUGUAAUUUAUAUAUAACCACUGACAUAGCAUCUCUUUCUUUUCUUUCUCCCUCUCACUUUCACUCUCUUUCUAUUUUCUGUAUUUUUUUUAAUGCCUUUGGAAUGUUUUGUUUCACCUUAAUACCCAAUUUCUAAUAAUCUUCAACUAUUCAAUCGAUUUGAAACAAAAAAGAAAACCAAUUUACCAUGAAUGGAGUAUUAAGCUACUUAAAACAAUAUUCUCUUGACAAUACUGACCUGGUUAUCUUGGAUUACAAUUUGGGUCUCAUCAUUUAAGAAGAAAACAACAACCACUCAUCAUCUUUAUCGGUUCUUAUUUGCAAUAUAUUUUGGAUCAUCGGCAACCAUUUGUCACCAUGAAAAGUCUAUUACGAGCAUCUAAAAGCAAAAUGAUGUCCGUUGAGGUGAUCACCAUGGACGCUCAAUUGGAUUUUGAUAUAUUACAUAAGGCAACAGGAGGUGAUCUCUUUGAACUGGUCACUCGUACCUUAGGCUUGCGAGAAACGUGUUUCUUUGGUCUUCAAUAUGUCGACGUGAAAGGUUAUAUUGCUUGGUUAAAAAUGGAUAAACGAAUCUGUGAUCAAGAAGUUAGAUUAACCUACAAACCAUGUAACUCAUCGAAUUCAUCUUCAUCCAGUCUUUCAUCGUCAAACAAAAACAAACCAGUGCCUCAAAUGUCAUUUCUUUUUCUUGCCAAAUUCUAUCCUGAAGAUGUUGCUGAAGAAUUGAUUCAAGAAAUUACUCAACAUCUUUUCUUUCUACAAGUUAAACAAGCAAUUCUCAAUGAGGAUAUUUACUGUCCACCAGAAGCUUCCGUUUUAUUGGCCAGUUACGCUGUUCAGGCCAAAUAUGGUGAUUAUGAUGAGGCUACUUACAAGCCUGGUACGUUAGCUGAUGCUGAAGAUUUAUUACCUCAGCGGGUUAUUGAUCAAUAUCAGAUGACACCAGAAAUGUGGGAGGAAAGAAUCAGAGUUUGGUAUGCUGAUCAUAGAGGAAUGGCCAGAGAUGAAGCGGAAAUGGAAUAUUUGAAAAUAGCUCAAGAUCUUGACAUGUAUGGUGUUAAUUAUUUCCCAAUAAGUAAUAAGAAAGAAUCUGAACUUUGGUUAGGUGUUACCGCCAUGGGAUUGAACAUUUAUGAGAAGGACAAUAAACUAUCACCUAAGAUUACAUUUCCAUGGAAUGAGAUUCGUAAUAUUUCAUAUGAUGAUAAAAAGUUUACCAUUAAACCUGUGGACAAAAAUGCUCCACCUUUUCAUUUUUACUCUUCCAAGACUCGGAUGAACAAGUUAAUCUUGGAUUUGUGUAUUGGAAAUCAUGAUCUCUAUAUGAAAAGACGCCGUCCUGAUACCAUGGAAAUGCAACAGAUGAAAGCUCAAGCCAAGGAGGAAAAGUUACGCCGUCAAGCUGAAAGGUCAAAAUUUAUUAGGGAAAAACAAUUAAGAGAAGAAGCUGAAAGGGAGAAACGUGAUCUACAGCAAAGGUUAUUCCAAUAUCAGGAAGAAGCUCGGGUUGCUCAGGAAGCAUUAAGAAGAUCGGAAGAAACUGUUGAACUUUUGGCGGAAAAGGCUCGCCUGGCUGAAGAAGAUGCUAUCAUUUUAUCACAAAAAGCAGCAGAAACCGAGGCCGAAAUUCAAAGGGUGAAAUUAAAUGUUAUUAAAACAGAAGAGGAGAAGAUGCUGAUGGUAAGAAAAGCCGCUGAAGCUGAACUUUUGGCAACCACAAUGGUUGAGGAAAGUGAAAGAAGAGCCAAAGAAGCGGAACAAUUAAGAGAAGAAUUGCUGAAAGCUAAAUUAUCGGAACGAGAGGCUAAAGAAAAAUUGUUUGAAAUUCUAAGGGUACCUUCGCAAAGUCCAUCUCUCGAUUCAACGACAAUUUACAUUAACGGAUCUCAUCAGUUGAAUGAUACAAAAUGUCCCAAAUCACCAAUAAUCAACGGUGGUUCCGGUUUAAUCAAUUCAGAUUCUCUGUAUAUAACCAAUAAUCUAGAUACCUUUGACCAUCAUCAAGUGUGUCUUAGUAAAUUGAAGGAAUUGACCAUUAGCGAUGUUGCGGUUAACGAUACUUAUCCUAUUAUUGUAAGUCCAACCAAUUUAUCACCACCAUGUACAAACAGCUCUUUUCAAACAUUCACCUUAACCAACAACAACAAUCCUACAAUCAACACAACGACAACAAUUUCACCACCUCUUGGAAUAGGAGUUGGAAUAACAACCCGACCUGAGAGUGUAAAUAGUAAACUUACCAGUCCAACCUCUUGUGACCUUAUUAGUGACACUGAUGUAGAAAAGUUGGUUCUAGAAAUCGAAAAGGAAAGGAUGGAAUAUUUAAAGAAAAGUCGACACCUUCAGGAACAAUUAAGAGAUCUUAAAUCGGAGAUUGAAGUUCUUAAAGUUGAAGAUCGAUUAACAACCAUGGACAGAAUUCAUGAGGAAAAUACAACUCGUGGUGAUAAUAAAUAUUCAACAUUAAAACGAACCAAAUCUGGAUCAACGAAAGCUCGAGUUGCCUUUUUCGAAGAACUUUGAAAUUGUUUUAGAUAAUCGAUAAUUCCUAUUUUUAAUUGAUGCCAAACAAUCAACUAAUUUCAACAAAAGUGCUAUGCAACUUUACCCAUCACACACAAACAAUAAGUCACAAAAAGAAACAUCAACACAGCAAUUAUAUCAGUGCCUCGACAAUUAUUUAAUAAAUGAUCUGAAGCACCUCAUCAUCAUCAUCAUCUUCAUAGUCAAUAUUAACAAUCAUAGUCAAAAGCAACAAUUAAUUAUUCGUGAUAUUUUUUGUGGCCAUCCUAUUAUACUAACUAUUUUCAUCGAUCAACAAUAACAAAGUUAAAUCAUCUAUUUUACGCAUGAGAACAAUCAAUCUGAUGGACUGAAUAAGGAAACAAUUGUCACCAACGAAAUGAGCCAACAAUUAAAAUCUUUAGCAUUUCUAUUUAUGUAAAUUAAUAUCAAAAGUUACUAAAUCACCGGAUACUUGGCCUUACAUUUGAAACACAGCUAAUUAGUGUACUGAAUAAUUUAACUAUCAUUCACAAUUAUCACACAUCUUUCACCUACUGCCAAUAAUUUUCCCUCUUUAAUUGAUACAAUACCAAUUUCUUAUGUAAACACAAUCGUUAAUCAAUUGGAUUAAUUUUUCAUUGACUUUUUAAACAAUCAUCAUCAUCAUCUCCAUCAUAAUCACAAUGUAAACAAUCAACACAGAAAAAAUCACAUUUUGAUAAAAAAUGACAAAUUCUUAAUAUGUACCUUGUAAAACAAUCUUAAAUCACCACCCCCUUUGUACAAUUAACUGUAGAUUAUAAAAAUUAAUAUACAAUCAAAUGUAAUCAUUUACUAUUUUAAUUGAGGAAAAAAAUCAUUAAAGUUUGUAAACAUAACAGUUUAUUUAUGAAUGAAGAAGUAAAAAAACCAACAACUUAAUUAUUUAGUUGCUCGUUGAUUGUGAUUGUGAUUUGAUUGCUGUCAUUUGGUUUUUUUAUUGGAUUUGUUCCCGAAACGGGAAGAGCGGAUGAAGAUGGCUCAUCAUCUUCUGAGAUCUUUAUUUACUUAUGUCAAUUUUGGUCGAAAGUUUUUUUGAAUAUUUGGGAUCGAUUCUUUUUCUCAACAGUUCGAUUCUUAAUCGAUAAUUUCAGUUACUGAAAUUCAGUUUAUUUUGGUUACUUUUUUAUUUUCUUUGUUUUAUUUAUUUCCUUUUGUCUUUCAAUAACUUUUAAACUAGUUUUCAAUUCUAAUUUAAAAUGGGUAAUAAACUUGAUAUUAGUUUAGAUUGUUCGAAGUUCUCUCGAAACUUGGAAGUUUCUCUAAGUAAAUGUGUUGCUGAUCAUUAUCGCCAGAAAACUUUGGGUAUGGUUAAAGUGUUGAAUGUGACCCAGCAAAGCAUUUGAUCGAUACGUUCACUAGACAAAAUAAAUAUCGUAUACACUGGAAAUCGAAGCGAAACUUUACCAACAUUCUUAGAAAUACAAGCGAAAGCCCCUUAUGGACGGUGGAAGAGGUAAAAUCUCAUUAUCUCAUCUUAACUUCGGGUUUUGAAAAGUUCGAUGAACUGAAAGGUGAUGAAUAUCUUGCAAUUUGGAUAAGAAAUAGAGAUUUUGAUCUCGCUAACACUGACCUUGAAUCCUCAUUUAUCAGACGUAAGCCAACACACGAUGUAUGAAAAUAAUUAUGUUUUUUUCACGAAUUUACAAUUUGUAAUCAAUAAUUUUUACAGUUGAUAAAAAGUUUGAAUAAUAAACAGAAUUAAAAUAAUUUUCUCUUUUAUCAUUAUCGAUAUUCUAAGGAAAAUUAAAGCUAAUUAAAUGUUGUUAAUUAAUUAAUCCAUGAUAACUAAUAUAACAAAAUGUAAAUAUUAUUAUUAUGAAAAAUAUUAUAUGGAAAUCAAUGUGAUCUCAUUACCACCUAAUUAAUAUUGAUUAAUAAUUUUGGUUGGUGUGUGCUUUUUUUUAAAUUGUAUCUUUCAUUAUUUAUCAUCAUAAUCACAAUGUAAACAAUCAACACACAGAAAAAAUCACAUUUUGAUAAAAAAUGACAAAUUCUUAAUAUGUACCUUGUAAAACAAUCUUAAAUCAUCACCCCCUUUGUACAAUAAACUGUAGAUUAUAAAAAUUAAAAUACAGGGCUAUUCAGCUAUUUUCACCGAUGUUUUUGCGAUUUUCUUAGCAACUAAAAGUCAAAGAGACUAAUUGUCAUUGUCAGGUCAUUGUAGAAAGCAAGCGUUUCAAGGUCACCUGAAGGUAAUUCAACAAAAAAUGUUCAACAAUGUUCAGAGAUACAUGGUGGAUUAAACUUGCGAUUAAAUUGGAUUUGAAUUCUAAAUUUGGGUUAAAUUUGUUUCUCGAUUUACAUCAUUAGACGAUCUUCACGUGUAUUGGGUUAAUCUGAGUCAACAAUCAAUCGGUGAGAAUGAUUUAGGUUAAUAGAAUUGAUUAAAUUCUAGUUGAUCUUUACAAGAGACUCUUUUAAUUGGACUACUUUUAUUCAAUCUCUAUUUUCAUGUUCCUCUUUCCACCAAAUUGAUUCCAAGUGAUUCUCUGAUUCUGAUGAACAAGGCAAUUAUUGUUCUAUUGUGUAUUUCCAUUAUUGUUUCUUUUCGUGAUUUGUGUUCCAUUUUUCCCUGAUCUCUUCUUCUCUCAACAUGGAAUCAGUUGACUAUCAUCACCAUCUUAAUCACCGGAUGACCACCAUUUCGACCUCUGUUGCUCCGGAAGGUACCAUGGCAAGUUUUUUGGUUUCCAUGAGCUUUGCUGUGCGCGUUAAGUUGGAUAGAAGAUUUGUAAUAGUUAUUCAAUUAAACUAAAAUAUCUCAAGAUUUGCGACAACAACAAUCUCUAAACUCAUUUUCCAGGGCUAAAAAAUGUGGAGAAUAACUAUAUCACCUUGAGAUGACCUUGAAACGCUUUCUUUCAACAACGACCUGAAUGACCUACAUCUUUUAAUAUGAGAAUUGAGUAUCGCUCAAACUUAUACCACUCAAGUCUCGAGUCUCUUUGAUUCUUAGUUGAUGAGAAAAUCUGGAAACAUCGGUGAAAAUAGCUGAAUAGCCCUGCACAAUCAAAAUGUAAUGUAUCAUUUACUAUUUUCAUUCAGGAAAAAAAUCAUUAAUGUUUGUAAACAUAAGUUUAUUUAUGAAUGAAGAAAUAAAAAACCAACAACUUAAUUAUUUAGUUGCUCGUUGAUUGUGAUUGUGAUUUGAUUGCUGUCAUUUGAUUUUUUUGAUUGGAUUUGUUCCCGAAACGGGAAGAAUUGAUCAAGUUGAUUUCAAAGUUUUUGAACAUUUGGAUCGAUUCUUAUCUUCAACGGUCCGAUUCUCAAUCGAUCAUUUCAGUUACUGAUAUUCAGUUUAUAUUGAGUUACUUUUUUGUUUUUUAUAUCCUUUUAUCUCUACUAAUAACUUUUAAAUCAGUUGAUUUUGUUUGUAAGUUUUCAAUUCAAAUUAAACAUGGAUAAACUUGAAAUUAAACUAUAUGCUUACAAAAAGUACUCUCAAGAGCUGAAAGAUGCUCUAUCUGAACGGGUUAGUGACCAUUAUAUCAAGAAUACUUUGAAUAAGGUUCCAGUGUUGAAUGUGCUCCAGCAAAGGACUUUGGCCCGUAUAUUUGUUAGCCAGCGUAGUAGUUUUCUAAUGAAUUGGGAAGACUUGCAAUACCUUGUCCAAUCUCGCGGAGAUCCAAGCCAAAGGCACUUAUGGUCGGUGGAAGAGGUAAAAUCUCAUUAUCUCAUCUUAACUUCGGGUUUUGAAACAUUCGAAGGACUGAAAGGUGAUGAAUAUCUUGCACUUUGGAUAAGAAAUAGAGAUCUUAACCUUGAAAACACUUACCUUGACCUGCUUAACUCCUCGUUAUUCAAACGUAAGAAAGGUCCCAAUUCGACUUGUUGAUUAUUAUUACGAUUAUAACUUGUGAAACCUGAAAAAUUGAUUAAAAUCGUCUUCAGUCAAAUGGUUGAAAGAAAAUUUGUUAAUUGUUUUUAAUCAGUUUAAUGUUAGCUCUGUAAGGUGAAUUUAAUUUCACCAACCAAUACUUUUCCCUCUUUAAUUGCUACAAUACCAAUUUCUUAUGUAAACACAAUCGUGAAUCAAUUGGAUUAAUUUUUCAUUGACUUUUUAAACAACCAUCAUCAUCAUCUCCAUCAUAAUCACAAUGUAAAAAAUCAACACACAGAAAAAUCACAUUUUGAUAAAAAAUGACAAAUUCUUAAUAUGUACCUUGUAAAACAAUCUUAAAUCACCACCCCUUUGUACAAUAAACUGUAGAUUAUAAAAUUUAA